UUAAGUAAAAAAUUUAUAAAAUUAGUGUAUAAAUAUUCUAGGGUAAAUUGAAUCUCACAUUUAUGUCUACUCCACUCACACCAAUGUCCACUCCCAAUUUGUACGAUCAACUAUUCAUCACCUACUUAUAUCAAGCAUUUAAAUGCUUCAAAUUCAUUCCUUUUCCUUGGAUCUGGCAAUUAUUUCAAGCAGCCUCUCUUCUCCUUUCUCUAUCAUGGAAGCGAAUCCACUAAUGGAAAAUUAUGAAGAUGGGUCUUUUGAAGAUAGAGAGAUUAUUGGAGUUUAUGAUUAUAUACCCAAAUUGAUUGGUGGUGCUGUUUCUGGUGCUCUUACUGGUGUUUUCGCUCUUGCUGGUGCUUUUACUGGAGCCAUUACCGGGGCUUUAGCUGGUAGGGCUUCUGACAGUGGAUUGCUCAGAGGUGCAGGGUUGGGUGCUGUGGCAGGUGCGGUUCUUUCUGUAGAAGUUUUGGAAGCUUCUCGUGCUUAUUGGUAUUCACAGCAAUCUGGUUUACGAACCUCGUCAUCUAUGGCAGAUUUCAUAGAGGAGCUACUCCAUGGGAGAUUCGUUGAGGAACAAUUACCACCUGCAGUAUUAACUGGGUACUAUUGGCAGGCUAGCCUUGUUAAUGUUGUUUAUGACGAUGUUUAUGAUGUUUACGGUGAUGUGUCCCCGAGAGGGUUAUCUAGGGACUCACUGAAAGAGCUCCCCUGCCACGUGAUCUUGGAUAUUAAAAACGCAACAGACAACGUAUGCUGCACCAUAUGUUUGCAGGAUUUGGAGUUGGGAGAUACUGCUAGGUGUUUGCCUCACUGCGGCCACACAUUCCACCAAAAAUGUGUCGAUAAAUGGCUUGUAACACGAGGUUCCUGCCCUGUUUGCAGACGGGAUGUUUGAAUUGAAGUUUUGAUGUAAAUAUGUACUCUCGGAACUAUCAUAUGAUUCCUACUUUUCUGGUGAGUUCUGUAUUAGCUUUUGUAAAUAUUACCGAGCUUUGAGUGAACCCGGAAGGCCUCCUUCCCUCGUCCUGAAUGUAGCCGCAUUUUCUUCAGUAUUAGUAGGGAAGAAAUUGUUGGCAUUUUGUAAAUUUUGGACAAUUUACUUUCGGCUUACAGCUUGUCUUAUGUAUAAACGCUAUCAGCACAAUAAGCUUUUUAUAUUUCACUUGCAUUGAAAAACAAAGCUAACAAGCAUAAUUCAGUUGACUUGUUUAAUCGGUGGGUUGGAAGGAUUGACUGUUUUUGUUGAUUUCUAAAAUAGCUGGAAUCACCCAGUUAUUUAUAGAAAUGUUUGGUAAAAGUCGGUCUUUCAACUGUCUUGAGAAUCAUUAAUCAAACAAGUAAUUUAAUUGUUUGACCGACCAACAAGACAAAAGCCAAUAAAAAAUUGUUCAAAAAUCAUCACCAAAAAAGUCUAUUUGUAUUUGUUGAGUGGUUCUUCAUAAAAAUGGGUAAAUGAAGCUUGAUCAGACCCGACCUAUUUUUGAUCAACCCGACUCAAAAAUAACACCAAAAUGAAAAGUGAAAUGCCAAAACAACUCCGCCCCAAAAUAAACCCAAACUACCCACUUCUCACACCCUUGUAUUGGGUGUUACUUAAACAUGCAUAACAAUCAAGACAAAAGUCCAUACAAGAAAUGCGAUUAUGUUAAUAUUUAGUCAUAAUUC